AUGUGUGCUACAGAGUUCCAGUCAACCUGCGGGCAGACGGUGGCCUCCGGCCGCAUUGUAGGAGGGCAGGAUGCCCAGAACGGGGCUUGGCCCUGGCAGGCCAGCAUCCGAUACAGCGGAGUCCACAUCUGCGGAGGGUCCCUCAUCACCGGGGAAUGGGUGGUGUCUGCGGCUCAUUGCUUCAAUCGGAGUCUGCUCCUCACUGCUUACUCUGUUUCCCUUGGGAGAUUCCAGCUGAAUCUCCAGAGCGCAAACGCCUUCACCUCUGCUGUGUCACAGAUCAUAAUCCACAGUGACUACAACCCCACCAGCCAUGCCUCAGACAUAGCCCUGGUGCGCCUACGCACGCCCCUUCAGUACACCGCCUACAUCCUCCCCGUCUGCCUUCCGGACCCCAGUGAUUCCAUCGCGAAUGGCACCCCGUGCUGGGUCACCGGCUGGGGGAAGGUCCAGACGGAUGAAAGUCUCCCUGCUCCCCGCACUCUGCAGGAGGUUCAGGUCUCACUCAUAGAUGUCGAGACGUGCAAUGACCUCUAUAGCAAACCCAUCACAGGGUCCCCAGGGACGCGCCCCAUCCAAGCCGGCAUGGUGUGUGCUGGCUACCCCGAAGGAGGGAAGGACUCCUGCCAGGUGAAUGGAUUCAGGGACAUCCCAGGAGAUCCAGGAGCCCAGGGCUGCGACUGGAGGGGGCUGCAGGCUGGCUCCUGGUUCCUGAUCGGCAUCGUGAGCUGGGGAAUUGAGUGUGGCCUCCCCUACCGUCCCGGGGUCUAUACCCGGGUCUCGGCCUACUCCGACUGGAUCCAGCAGCAGCUCCCCAGUGUGGAAUUUGGGGUGGUUAAUGUCACCAUUAGCCCUCAGCCUAAUGCCGGCUACACUCCAGUGCCCACCCCCCUGCUCCUCGGCACCCUCCUGCUGGCCAGUGCUGCCCCGGGGAUGGGGCCACUGCUUUCUAAGCUGCUAAAUUAA